GGUGGGCCCGGCACACAGAGCGCUCUGUCCAGCGGCCGCGGGCGGCGGGGUCUGUGCAAUCUUUGCCGCUACCUCCGCCCCCUGUUUCCUUUGGCCUCCAGCCGGGUCUUGGCGCCUCUGGCCUUGGGAUUUUCCGUGUCUCCUGCCUGGAGCAGUGACUCAUAAGGCCCAGGGGAUUUGCCCGGAAUCCCCUUUUCUUGGGCGGGGAGCGAGGACUCUUUGGGGACCGUGUCCCGCGGGCAGUGAACCCUCUCCGGCAUGCCCCUGCCAUUUCUUCGCCUCUUUCCCAGUUCUCAGAUGAGUGUGAACAGCGCUGCAGCCUGGGAGGACCCGGUACUUGCGGUCUGGUCAGAGGGUGGGGGCGCGCAGCCCACGGCUGGCCAGCCUGCCCUCUCCCUGGGCACUGGGGCUGCACCACUGGCAUUUUCUGGGACGGAGUGGCCACUCGAGGUCCCGGUCUUGCACAGACACCAGGCCUCCCUCCCCCACCCCCCUUGGCCUUGGAGCGGCCUGGAGCCCGGCUCCGGGCUGGCCCUGUGCUCACAGAGAUGUCCCCGUCCUCGCAGGCUGAGCAGCCCAAGGUCCUGAGUGCCGUGGAGGACCGCAUGGACGAGCUGGGCGCUGGCAUCGCACAGGCCCGGCGCAUGGUGACCCUCAUCAAGAGCGCUGCCGAGGCGGAGCGCGAGAGAGUGAGCCUGCUCUUCGCGGAGGCCGCCGCCACCCUGCAGAGGUUCCAGACGGAGGUGCUGGGCUUCAUCGAGGAGGGCGCGGCCGCCAUGCUGGGCAGCUCCCAGGGCGACCUGCAGCGGCAGGAAGAACAGCGCAGCCGGCUGAGCCGCGCCCGGCACAGCCUCAGCCAGGUCCCUGAGGCCGACGCUGUCAGCUUCCUCCAGGAGCUCCUGGCCCUCAAGCUGGCCCUGGAGGAGGGGUGCGGCCCGGGGCCCAGCCCCCCGCAGGAGCUCACCUUCACCCAGUCAUCCCAAGCUGUUCAGACCGUGAGAGAUGCGCUGGCUGCAGCCUGCACCAGCCAGUUGGAGCAGCUGCGGGGGCUGGGCAGUGAUGAGGACAGGCUUCGGAAAACAGACAUGAAAGAGCUGCAGGACCCCGACAGCACCGACCCUCUGGAGAGUGAGCCCCCCAGGGAUUACUUCCUCAAGUUUGCCUACAUCGUGGACCUGGACAGCGACACCGCCGACAAGUUCCUACAGCUGUACGGGGCCAAAGGGGUCAAGAGGGUGCUAUGCCCCAUCAACUACCCCGAGUCGCCCACCCGCUUCACCCACUGCGAGCAGGUGCUGGGCGAGGGCGCCCUGGACCGGGGCACCUACUACUGGGAGGUGGAGAUCAUCGAGGGCUGGGUGAGCGUGGGCGUCGUGGCCGAAGACUUCAACCCGCAGGAGUCGUACACGCGGGGCCGGCUGGGGCGCAACGCGCACUCCUGCUGUCUGCAGUGGAACGGCCGCAGCUACUCCGUCUGGUUCCACGGGCUGGAGGCGCCGCUGUCCCAGCCCUUCUCGCCCACGGUCGGGGUCUGCCUGGAAUACGCCGACCGGGCCCUGGCCUUCUACGCCGUGCGGGAUGGCAAGAUGAGCCUCCUGCGGAGGCUGAAGGUGUCCCGCGGCGGGGGCAGUGCCCCGGCCGCCCUGCUUGACUCCUUCCAGAACUGCCUGGACAACUACUUUGUGGGGCUCUUCAGGACAAGGCUCAAGCCCGCCUUCUUCCUGGAGAGCGUGGACGCCCACCUGCAGAUCGGGCCCCUCAAGAAGUCCUGCAUCUCCGUGCUGAAGCGGAGGUGACGGGCGGGCACAGCCCACCCCGGCAGCCUGCUUCUCGGGCGCCAGGGGAGGCCCUGGCUCGCAGGCCCCCAGCCUCCAGCCUUCUCACCUCUAGAGGCUCUGCUGGCCAGACACUUGGGCUUCCACGUCACCGGGAGGAGCCCCGGCCCCAUCCAGUGCCCUCAGGCCUGUCUCCCUUUAGCCUCAGUUCAGUGAGAGGGCGCCUGGCUGGCACAAACCUAAGCUACCCCACCCUCCCAUCCCAGGUUCCUGGGACACAGCCUGGCAUAUAGUAGGUGCUCAAUAAACAUC